AUGAAAGCACGGAGCCAAGCACGGCUGGUCGACUACUCUGACAGCGAGGAUGAAGCAAAAUCAGAAGUUGUAGCCACGCCAUUGGCUACUGGGCCACCAGAUGAGGAAGGGUUCGCUCAAAUAGUCAUUGGACUACAGCAAGAGUACACAAAAGAAGUCCGGGAGUUGCAGGCGCGACAAGAAGCAACAGAUCGAGAGAUGGCGGUGCAUGUGAACCAAGUCAAUAGGAGGUUGGAAAAGCAGCUCAACGUCUUGACUUCAGUCGUCAAGGAAGUUUUUGGAGUCGAUCCACUAGAUCCGGCAGUGAGACAUUGCGCGCAGCAAGAUGGCAGUAAAGAGGACCAUGAGAGAGGUGCAGUUCUCCCAUCGCCAUCUCCAACACCACCAGUGCCCGCUGAAAGAUGUGAUGUGUCGCCACCAGGACGGGAAUCCAUCACAGUUGCGUCCAGAGUUCGGACACCCGGUCCUCGGAUUCCCCAUGAGAGUCGAGAGUCACAACCAGCGGCCCCUGGGGCGUCACUACCGGUGCCUUUGAAGAAAAGGAGAAGGAAUGAUGAUACCAAUGACAGCAAGGACCACCAGGGGGAGGAGGUGUUGGAGGUGGAACCAGAGGCACUGGGGCCCAGAUCCCCCAAAGCCGAGCAAGUCACAGACAUUGCUGUCAAUGAAGCUGUUGUUCGCCGGAAAGCGUCUCGACAAAAUUUGCUAUCCCCAAGAGACCCUGUCAACCCGUACGAUGACCCGAAAUACUUCAGCCCACUGACCGUCGUUGGCAAGGAUGGAGUUCUGCGGCCAAUAUUCAAGUUCUACCCGCACCCGCCGACAGUCGAAGAGCAAUGGGCAGAGUAUAAGUACGGUCUCCACGGUCAGCAGCCUGUCGAACUGCUGGAGAAGAUGUACCGGGCCAAGUGGCGAAACGGCACGUAUGGGCGUUCGUGGUUCACUCGCCGCAAGGCCUUCUGGGACAAGAUGAAGGGGUUGCUAGAUCAAGGUCGUACGGAAGAAGAAGCGUUGGGCGUUAUGAGAGACCUUGGGAGUGGCAGCGUGCCUACUGCAGUUGCCAUUUUAUGCAAAGAGCGUGGAGAGGGAACACGCCCAGGGAGACGAAAGUAUCGGGGCCAGUCGGUCUACUCGGUAUGCGGCAGUAAACAUUCGCGAGAUGAGAGCUCCAGCAACGAAGAGAGCAGCAGCAGUGAAUCGGAGAAUGGCGAAACGCCGAGACCCAUCCGAUAUAGUCCAUCGAGGCUGCGGAAACGAAUUGUGGUGUCUAUGGACAGCGUGAGCGGCAGCGACGAGCCUGAGUCGGUGCUAUGCCCUGGACAAGAGACCGAUGGUUUGUGGGAACCUAAGGCUAACUGA